GGAGGCUGGGCCCCCGAGCACCUGGCAGGGGCAGCUCGCCGGUGCGCGCAGGUGCCAGGCAGGUGGCUCCAGCUGAGCCCAGCCCCAGCAUGAGCUCCUUCGACCUCCCGGCGCCCUCCCCGCCCCGCUGCAGCCCCCAGUUCCCCAGCCUGGGCCAGGAGCCCCCCGAGAUGAACCUCUACUACGAGAACUUCUUCCACCCGCAGGGCGUGCCCAGCCCGCAGCGGCCCCCCUCCUUCGAGGGCGGCGGCGAGUACGGGGCCACCCCCAACCCCUACCUGUGGCUCAACGGGCCUGCCAUGACCCCGCCGCCCUACCUGCCGGGCGCCAACGCCAGCCCCUUCCUGCCCCAGGCCUACGGCAUGCAGCGCCAGCUGCUGCCCGGCAUGCCCGGGCUGGGGGGCAGCGACCUGGGCUGGCUGCCCAUCCCCUCGCAGGAGGAGCUCAUGAAGCUGGUGCGGCCUCCCUACUCCUACUCGGCGCUCAUCGCCAUGGCCAUCCACGGGGCGCCCGACAAGCGCCUCACCCUGAGCCAGAUCUACCAGUACGUGGCCGACAACUUCCCCUUCUACAACAAGAGCAAGGCCGGCUGGCAGAACUCCAUCCGCCACAACCUAUCGCUCAACGACUGCUUCAAGAAGGUGCCCCGCGACGAAGACGACCCAGGCAAAGGAAAUUACUGGACUCUGGACCCCAACUGUGAGAAGAUGUUCGACAAUGGAAAUUUCCGCAGGAAAAGGAAGAGAAAAUCCGAUGUCUCCUCUAGCACAGGCUCCUUGACCUCAGAGAAAACCGAGAACACUCUCCUGGCGGGCAGCCCCACAACCACAGAGCCUCAGGACAUUUUGGACAGAGCCUCACCGGGCACCACCAGCUCCCCAGGGAAGCAGUCCUCCCCUCCAUCCUCAGUCACCCCGUGCCUCAGCAGCUUCCUCUCCACCAUGACAGCCUGUGUGAGCAGCUCCAGCCCCAUGGGCCGCCCUGUGGCCACGCCAGCACUGAGCCCCGAGCCCACCGACAAGAUGGGGCAGAACUCACUGAGCUUCAACUCCUACACCCCACUGACCAACCUUGGUGGCCACGGGGGCGGGGGCGAGUGGGCCAACCCCAUGCCCACCAACCCUCUGGGCUACGGCGGCUCAGUCCUCAACCAGUUCAGCCCUCACUUCUACAACAGCAUCAACUCCAACAGCACCCUCUACCCCAGGGAGGGCACCGAGGUCUAGGUCAGAACAGCUCCUGGGCCUCAUGGACAUGCCAGAGAGAAACGCAGCCGAAUCUUCCAGGCCAGCUCCCCUCCCCAUGCCAUGACCCAAGACCUCUGAUCUUGUUCAAACCUUCUGUUUAUCACAAUUGCGUCUAUACACAGACUCACCAACUCUGCAAUGGGGCCACCAUUGCCUGGAUGACAGUAAUGAUGAUGGCCAUCUGUUGGGCAUAUUCUGUGCUGGGUGCAUGUUCUCAGAGAGUGAGGUCACACUAUUUACAGUCAUCCUGUGAGGUUCGCGUGAACCUCUCCCAUUCAACAGAUGAGGAAACUGAGGCUCAAGGAAAUUAUUUUACAAGGUCAUACAAACUAGGAAAUGGCAGGGCAAGAAGUGGAAUCUGGAUCUGAGUGACCCCCAAAGAUUGGUCCAAAGGAGGCAGGGAUGAAGGAACUGGUGGAGCAGCUAAGGAAAUCAGUGAGAAUCUGAUUGUGGCAACUAUACAAAAUCUCCCCAGAGCCUUCUGGUUGCCCAUCAAAAUAAGCUCCAGCCCGGGCCUGACUCGUCCUGGUCUGUCCUUAUUCUGCUUGUCCCAAUUUGUCUGCAAGACAUUCUUUUGGCCACGACUCAAGGAGGGAACCCACCAGUGGACUUCAGGAAGCCCAGCCCAGGUGUCCCUAGAGGACAGUGUAUCUAGCAUUUACAAUACAGGUGUCUAUCUCCCAGUCCCCAGGGCCCUUGAGCAGAGCCAGGGGUCAGCCACAAGAGUACCUGUACCUCCCACCCCAGUGCUGCCCACUUGCAAAUUUUGUAAAGUCCAGCUUCCUGCGCGUGUGUGUCAGGGCCAGUGAGCUGAGGUGCUGAGUCUUCCGAGAGAAACGUGGCAGAGUAGGCAUUUUCUCUUUAUAGCCCAGGCGCCGGGGAUGUCUGACUGAGAAAACUGUGACCUCAACGGAGGGGUCUUCCAUCUCCCUCACAGGGGGUCUUUUAAAGCAGCUCUUGUUUUUGUACCUACAUUAUAUGCCUGUGAUGUUUUAUCACCUACACCUGGGAAGUGUUGUUUGGUUUUCUUUUUAAUUAAAAGACAAACGGUGUGCAGAA